AUGACCAGAUCGGUGCCCGUGCUACGUACAGUGCAGCAAGUUCGCCAAUGGCGCCGCCAGUGCCUUUUCAACCACGAGAAGGUCGGCUUUGUGCCUACCAUGGGUGCUCUCCACCUGGGCCACUGCCACUUGGUCAAACAUUCGUUGGCUAAUAAUGAUCGUACCAUCGUGUCGAUUUUCGUCAACCCGUCACAGUUUGCUCCCCAUGAGGACUUGGACGCUUAUCCUCGGGCGUUAGACCGUGACUUGGACUUGUUGGCGGCCACUUUCCCGCACAAGGGCGUGGAUGCUGUAUUUGUUCCUAAGGUUCUGGAAAUGUAUCCUUCGGGAAUCGUUUUGGAGGUGGAUAAACAGAAGGGUGCUUUUGUCAACGUCAAGGGGUGCUCAGAACAACUAGAGGGAGCUCAGAGACCGGCAUUUUUCCGGGGUGUGGCCACCGUGGUUGCUAAGUUGCUUAACAUCGUCUCUCCAGAAAAUAUCUACUUUGGCCAGAAAGACGCCCAGCAGUGUGUGGUGGUGAAGAAUAUGGUCAAGGACUUGCUCUUCGACACAGAGGUGAAUGUUUUGCCUACCCUAAGAGAGCCAAACGGGCUUGCUAUGCUGUCGAGAAAUGAAUAUUUGUCCCAGCAAACUAAAGACGAGUGUGCAAUCAUCUACCAAGGAUUAUGUGCUGGUAAGGACUUCUACAGUAGGAAAAUUAAUGGUGGGGGAACGCUGGUAGCAGCAAAGUCCAUUUUGCAAGAGAUACAGAAGGUUUACGAUACAAUGCCAGAAACCUACACGGUGGAAUAUGUUGCCAUUUCCCAUCCCGAAACAUUGGAGGAUCUAGAAGAAGUCACACCGGAGGUAGGGGCCACUAUCUCCACAGCAGUGAGAGUGCCUCGUGCAACCGGAGGCGAAGCACGCCUCAUUGAUAAUGUACAGUUGUAA